UACAGCAUGGAGCUGAGCCGACUAUCCGAAAUACAGAUGGAAGGACAGCAUUGGAUUUAGCAGACCCAUCUGCCAAAGCAGUGCUGACUGGUGAAUAUAAGAAAGAUGAACUCUUGGAAAGUGCCAGGAGUGGCAACGAGGAGAAAAUGAUGGCUCUGCUUACACCAUUAAAUGUCAACUGCCAUGCAAGUGAUGGCAGAAAGUCAACUCCAUUGCAUUUGGCAGCAGGAUACAACAGAGUGAAGAUUGUACAACUGUUGUUGCAACAUGGAGCUGAUGUCCAUGCUAAAGAUAAAGGUGAUCUGGUGCCCCUACACAAUGCCUGUUCCUAUGGUCAUUAUGAAGUAACUGAACUUCUGGUCAAGCAUGGUGCCUGCGUCAAUGCAAUGGACUUGUGGCAGUUCACUCCUCUUCAUGAGGCAGCUUCCAAGAACAGGAUUGAAGUGUGUUCUCUUCUCCUGAGUUACGGUGCAGAUCCAACACUGCUGAACUGUCACAAUAAAAGUGCUAUAGACUUGGCUCCCACACCACAGCUAAAAGAAAGACUAGCAUAUGAAUUUAAAGGCCACUCAUUGCUUCAAGCUGCACGGGAAGCUGAUGUUACACGAAUCAAAAAACAUCUCUCUCUGGAAAUGGUGAAUUUUAAGCAUCCUCAGACACAUGAAACAGCAUUGCAUUGUGCUGCCGCGUCUCCAUAUCCCAAAAGAAAGCAAAUAUGUGAACUGUUGCUAAGAAAAGGAGCAAACAUCAAUGAGAAGACUAAAGAAUUCUUGACUCCUCUACACGUGGCCUCUGAGAAAGCUCAUAACGAUGUUGUUGAAGUAGUGGUGAAACAUGAAGCAAAGGUUAAUGCUCUGGAUAAUCUCGGUCAGACUUCUCUGCACAGAGCUGCACAUUGUGGUCAUCUGCAAACCUGCCGCCUACUCCUGAGUUAUGGGUGUGAUCCUAACAUCAUAUCCCUUCAGGGCUUUACUGCCUUACAGAUGGGAAAUGAAAAUGUGCAGCAACUUCUUCAAGAGGGUAUCCCAUUAGGUAAUUCAGAAGCCGACAGACAAUUGCUGGAAGCUGCAAAAGCUGGAGAUGUAGAAACUGUAAAAAAAUUAUGUACUGUUCAGAGUGUCAACUGCAGAGACAUUGAAGGACGUCAGUCUACACCGCUCCACUUUGCGGCGGGCUAUAACCGGGUGUCUGUGGUGGAAUACCUACUGCAACACGGAGCUGACGUGCACGCUAAAGAUAAAGGAGGCCUUGUACCUUUGCACAAUGCAUGUUCUUAUGGACACUAUGAAGUUGCAGAACUUCUUGUUAAGCAUGGAGCAGUAGUUAAUGUAGCUGACUUAUGGAAAUUUACACCUUUACAUGAAGCAGCAGCAAAAGGAAAAUAUGAAAUUUGUAAACUUCUGCUCCAGCAUGGUGCAGACCCUACAAAGAAAAACAGAGAUGGAAAUACUCCUUUGGAUCUUGUUAAAGAUGGGGAUACAGAUAUCCAAGAUCUACUUAGGGGAGAUGCAGCUUUGUUGGAUGCUGCCAAGAAGGGUUGUUUGGCCAGAGUAAAGAAGUUAUCUUCUCCAGAUAAUGUAAAUUGUCGUGAUACCCAAGGCCGGCAUUCAACACCUUUACAUUUAGCAGCUGGUUAUAAUAAUUUAGAAGUUGCAGAGUAUCUGCUGCAACAUGGAGCUGAUGUGAAUGCUCAAGACAAAGGAGGACUUAUUCCUUUACACAAUGCAGCAUCUUAUGGGGCAGAUGAUGUCAGCGCUCUCCUGACAGCAGCCAUGCCCCCUUCUGCUCUGCCUUCGUGUUAUAAACCUCAAGUGCUCAAUGGUGUGAGAAGCCCAGGACCCACCACAGAUGCUCUGUCUUCAGGUCCAUCCAGCCCAUCAAGCCUUUCUGCAGCCAGCAGUCUUGACAACUUAUCUGCCAGUUUUUCUGAACUGUCCUCAGUUGUUAGUUCAAGUGGAUCAGAGGGUGCAUCCAGUUUGGAGAAAAAGGAAGUUCCAGGAGUAGAUUUUAGCAUAACUCAAUUUGUAAGGAAUCUUGGGCUUGAACACUUAAUGGAUAUAUUUGAGAGAGAACAGAUCACUUUGGAUGUAUUAGUUGAGAUGGGGCACAAGGAACUGAAGGAGAUUGGAAUCAAUGCUUAUGGACAUAGACACAAACUAAUUAAAGGAGUUGAGAGACUUAUUUCUGGACAACAAGGUCUUAACCCAUACUUAACUUUGAACACCUCUGGAAGUGGAACUAUUCUCAUAGAUCUGUCUCCUGAUGAUAAAGAAUUUCAGUCUGUGGAGGAAGAGAUGCAAAGUACAGUCCGAGAGCACAGAGACGGAGGUCAUGCAGGUGGAAUCUUCAACAGAUACAAUAUUCUCAAGAUUCAGAAAGUUUGUAACAAGAAACUGUGGGAAAGAUAUACUCACAGGAGAAAAGAAGUUUCUGAAGAAAACCACAACCACGCAAACGAAAGAAUGCUAUUUCACGGGUCUCCCUUUGUGAAUGCAAUUAUCCACAAAGGCUUUGAUGAAAGGCAUGCCUACAUAGGUGGCAUGUUUGGAGCUGGGAUCUAUUUUGCUGAAAACUCUUCCAAAAGCAAUCAGUAUGUAUAUGGAAUUGGAGGAGGCACUGGGUGUCCAGUUCACAAAGACAGGUCUUGUUACAUUUGCCACAGGCAGCUGCUCUUUUGCCGGGUAACCUUAGGAAAGUCUUUCCUGCAGUUCAGUGCAAUGAAAAUGGCACAUUCUCCUCCAGGACAUCACUCAGUCACUGGUAGACCCAGUGUAAAUGGCCUAGCAUUAGCGGAAUAUGUUAUCUACAGAGGAGAACAGGCUUAUCCUGAAUAUUUAAUUACUUACCAGAUUGUAAGACCUGAAGGUAUGGUUGAUGGAUAAAUAGUUGUUUUAGGAAACUAACACCACCGAACCUAAAAUCAUCUAAGCAGCUGGUGGCCUUGUAAGUUUUACUCCUGAGAAAAAUCAUCUGGUCCACAAGCUUGUGGCAAAAGGACAAAAAAAUGUGAAAGAGUUUUAACAUUCUGACUUGAUAAAGCUUUAAUAAUGUACAGUGUUUUCUAAAUAUUUCCUGUUUUUCAGCACUUUAACAGAUACCAUUCCAGGUUAAACUGGGUUUGUCUGUACUAAAUUAUAAACAGAGUUAACUUGAAUCUUUUAUACAUUAUGCAUUGAUUCUAACAGAAACUGUAAUUCCCCUCAACAGAACUCAUUUUACUAAUAUAGUACUGUGUUCUUUAAAACACAGCAUUUACACUGAAUACAGUUUCAUUUGUAAAACUGUAAAUAAGAGCUUUUGUACUAGCCCAAUAUUUAUUUACAUUGCUUUGUAAUAUAAAUCUACUGUUUUAGAACUGCAGCGGUUUACAGAUGUUUUUCAUAUGGACUGCUCAUCUGUACUUCAUCUUGUUGCAUCAUCAUGAUUGAGUGAUCUUUUACAUUUGAUUCCAGAGGCUAUGUUGAGUUGUUAGCAGAGACUUUGUCAGUUGGGAAAGAUUGAUUUAUCAGAUUUUAUUUGCUGAUGAAAGCAUUUAUCUCUCAUAAGACAUCUUUCCCAUUUAAGAACUUGGUUCCUGAAUACUCUGGGAAUUUAUAAUUUGUGAUAACUUUGUACGUAUAACGCACAUUCCAAAGAGCUCUAACUAUGAUGGUCCGGAUUAUUAAAGACACUUCUUUAUUGGCCUCAAACUCAAGUUUUCACAUUGGAAAAUUUUCUCAUGUCCUUUUGUGAAAAUUAGAGCAAGUACUUCUAUAUUUUAGAGAGGCUAACUUCUGCCACUGAACAAUUAAAAUGUUCUUUUCAUGAAAUUUAAAUAGGAAGUUGAAUUUCAGAGAUGGAAAGGGUAAUCUUGAAAUUUUUCCAGUAUGUUCUAAUUACCUGAAAUCUAAAGGGGAAAUAAAAGUAGCAAAUGGGAGUAGGUAGUUUUUCUCCUAAGUAUUUUCUCCCUGUUCUUUUCCUCUGGUCUUACUGUUAUACUGGCAGCCAGUCUAUACACCAUAGAUAAGCUUAGCCCACAACCGUGUGAUGCAGGUGUCCCAGUUCUCUCCUGACCUCCUGAAUGGGCAGGUGCAGUGAGAUGGGUGCUUCUGCUCCUGGGUUGCCUCAUCAUAAUGUUACUCCCAAUUGGAAAUACACUUUGUUUAUGCACCACCUGGUGACCGGGCUUGUUUGGCAGCUGUUGGAGGGGAAUGCUAUCCCAUAAAAUGCCAUUCCUAUUUUUUAGCGUAAAGCUAUCUUUUCUAUGAAGCAUGCUAAAGCAUCUUGGUACAGAGACAUGAAUUGCAGCUUGGCAGUCUAUUUAUUGACUCUGGUUCCCUCAGAAGGCUGUCCAAGAUUGUUAUUACCCUCUUAAGUCUUUGUUAAUGAGGAUGUUCCCUUUCACUCUCUGUACCAGUUCAGGUUUGUUUUACAUUUUAUUUGGUCUCUAAAUUAACUGGGCCUUUGCAGUAACUUGUACAUAAAGUGCUAGAAAAUCAUGUUUCUUGUCUUGAGUAAGAGUUAAUCACAGCAAAUGCAUAUCUGCAGUUGUUUCUAUGAUAUAAAUUGUGAUCAUUAUUUAAGAGGUCAAUUCCUGACCAUGAAGUGCUUUUUAUAUAGCUCUCUAAUAAUUGCAAAUGUGAUCCUAAAGUCAUUUAUUGGAACAUAAAUGGAGAAUGCCAAAUUUUAUAUAAUUUUUCAGGUUCUGGAAGCUUCCAGAUUUUUUAAUUAGAAGAUAAUGAAAUGAAUUAAUGGAGUUUAUAUUUGCAUACCUUAUCUCUCAACAUUUAGCCCAUAUUUCUCACCCUAUGAGUGAAUCUGGAAUUGCUUGUCAUGUAAAGUCGUCAUGGUCUAUGAGUUUACAAUAUUGCAGCCUGUGUUGUUUCAUCUAAUCCAUUGCUUAAUUAGUGUGUUGUUUUUCUAUGAAUGAUUAUAUUGUGGGUAAUACGUUAGCAUGACAAUAUUUCGGAUAGCUUUUUGUUUGUUAGGAGCUUGGGGGGUUGGGGGGCUGGGGAUUUCUUUGAAGUUUUUGCAUGAAAUAUCUUACUUUAUAAUGAUGGAAUUGCUUUUUCUUUUGUCUUGUAACUUUUUUUGAAGAGAUUUAACUUUUUGUGUGAGUAGUACUAUUAUAUCCAUCUUGAGUGUCUUACUUGUACUGUAUCACAUUCCAUACCCUCAUUUACUUCUUAAUAAACUGUUCACUUGUUUUUCUGGGUAGCAUGGUAAUUACUGGAAUAAUAUAAAUGUGUUGAAUGGUCCUUGAGAAAAUGGAUUAAGAUUACAAUAAACCACAAUUGUA